UAGAUUUUUCCCUCUGGCGCACGCUCUCUCCCAUUGCUUUUCCUCUCUCUCUCUCUCUCUCUCUCUCUCUCUCUCUCUCUCUCUCUCUACGUCCUCAGUUCUUGUCUCGUUCGAUUACCAUCGAAACCAAUCUGUGCAUCUCUCGAUUCGAGUUUGAUCAGUGAAUCAGCGCAAUGGAUGAGAAAGAUGAGGGCAAUCUUGGACUCGGAGGGCUCAGCAAUGUCGAUCAAUUUUCCGGCGAUCAAUCCGCAGAAAAUCAGAAUAGCCACAAAGGUAGCGAGUUUCUUGAGGCAGUGGCUAGUGAGAAAGCCAUGGAAGCUGAUGCAAGGUUGAAGGUGGAACAGUUGCCUCGAUCUUCUGAUCCAUUGGAACCAGAAAGGGCAAGAAAACAUGGCAAGUAUAAUUUGCGUCAAAGUUUAGCUUGGGAUACUGCCUUCUUCACAAGUGAAGGUGUUCUAGAGCCUGAUGAGUUGUCUAGCAUGAUUGAAGGAGUUGGCAAGGGUGGAAAACAGUUUUUACCUGGAAUUGAAGAAGAUGUAUGCAGAUCUACUGAUACAUUAUCUACAUUAGAAAGUGAGAAUUUGACACUGGAAAGCCUUGAAGCAGAUUUAUUUGAAGACAUCAGAGCUUCGAUUCAGAAAUCUAGUAAAGCAUCUAGUAUGGCAAGUUCUAGUAAAUCUGCAUCUGCAAAGACAGAAACACAAGCUUUAAAGAUGGUGGAGUUGGCUUCUAACAAUAUGGUGAAGCCAAAACCUGCUUCCAAGAGAGAAAGCAUUGGCGUGCAAGGAACAGGCAGAUCGAUAAAGCAGGGUCCUAGUUGUCCACAAGGCACAAAGCCUAUUGCUAGAAAUGGAGGCCUGACUUCAUCCCUUCAGAAGGCACCAAAGGUCAUUGGCGGGCCUAAUCCAAUCUCGUCUGCACCAUCGAAAAGGGCUUCUUUAGCUGCCAACCAAGUCAAAACUGGAAAUGAUGACGCAAAAGGUCCCAAAGUUGCUGGCAAAGUUGCUCCGAUAUCAAAGGUACAAGGUUUGGGUGGUUCCAGCAGGACUCUGCCUAAGCCUGUACCACCUUCAAAAUCCUCUUGUUCAAAUUCUUCAACUGCAACUAAGAAAGGGCCACCAAAAUCUUCUGCCUCAUCGAACAGCUCUGGCAGUGCUUCAUCUCCAAAUGUUGGUAUAUCUCCUGUGAAAGCUACCAGAAGAAAAACUGUGAAUCCAACUUCCUCCAGUUCAAUCCUCCAAACGCCAAUGAAUAUUGCACUAAAGAAUAAAGGACAGUUUGGUCUCACGGAUCAUUUAAUGUCAUCAAAGCUCUCUUCUAAUAUAUCCCCUGCAAGUUCUAUUAGUGAAUGGUCUUCAGAGUCAUGUUCAUCAACCUCUACUGUUAAUCAGAGGUCCAGUACUUCAAGGGCCAGCAUUGAUACUAGCUCUCCUGCUUCAGAUAGACACGAGAAUAAGGCUACUCGACCGCAUAGCGACAAUGCAGAGGCGGCUUCAAAGCAGACUGGUACACUUUCUCAGCCAGCUACAGGAAAACCCUCAGGUCUGCGAAUGCCAUCACCAAAGAUUGGGUUUUUUGACGGGGGUAAAUCUUUGGUUCGUACCCCAAAUAAAAGUAGGCAGUCUUGUUAUGGCAUACCAGCUGGUCCCAAAAUUGGACCUGGUGUCUGCAGCCCAGGUGGAGGCUCAAGCAAGUCAAUGCUUUCAAAGGUUCAACAUGAAAAAGUAGUGACAACAGCAGGGGACACAAUGGUUGACACUAGGAAACCUGCUUCACCUUCAACACCUAGAAAACUAUCAAAUGUUUCCACAAAGAUCUCUAGUGCUUCAGGAUAUGUAAAGAACCGUGUUAGCAUAUCGCCUCAAGUCCAGAACAGAAUGGAUGCAGAAAGUUGCUUGAAGGGUGAGGAAGUAGGACCUAGAAGACCCAAUAAGCCAAAUCAAAUUUCAGAUACCAAUCGUGAUGUUGAAAAGACUGGAAGUCUAGGUGUGUUGAAGAGGGAUAUGGGAAUAGAGAAACAUAGUAAUACCAACUUAAAGGAUGUCGAGAUUGCUCCUAUUGAACAAGAUACCCAUGGUUCAGGAUCCCACUCCAGUCAUGAAAAUAUCAGGUUAUCCAAAGAAAUGGGCGACGAGAAUGAAUUGCAGUCACUUUAUGUUGAGAAGGAGAAUGGCCCAUUUGAAGACCAAGUUGAUGGUCUCAGUAUUAUCCAUGUGGGUGCUGGGAGCUCAAAACAGAAGACACAGAAAGAGCACAUUGGCAAUGCUAUUUCUCCAAUUGAGUUCUGUCACUCAGAUUUUACCCAAAACAAGGAAUCAAAGACCAAUUUGCCAGGUCCUGCUCCAAUCUCUCUUUCACCAGUCACCUGUGAACUAACAGCUAGUACAAGAACUCCUCUUACUCUUAAGAAUUCCUUUUGCAAUGGUGAGGCAUUCGAUGUUUCAGCCAGGUCAAGCAUUGGGGUAGCAGAGAAGACAACUACCGUCUCUUCUCUAGAGAGCAUGCGCAGAGAGAACAGUUAUGCCGGAGCACAUUCUACUUGAAGCGAACAUCUGUCUCAGAUUUUUGCCAUCAAGUUUGUUCAAGAUUUUGCUAGUGUCAGUGGAUUGAAUUUCUGUGCAGAUAUGAAACGUUUGAUGAGAAACCUUGUUAACAAUGGAAAGCACAGUACAUCUUCAUCAUGUCAACCAUUGGAGCUGAAUUUGAGGCUCUUGGUAGGGUUUUGCUUGUGUUACUUUGCUAGUAACUUAAAGAGCCUAACAGGACAAGGACUGUGAGAACUGAGAACAUAGGUACAUAUAAAAAGCAAACAGGGUAUUCGUGUUAACUGAAAUCUUGUUAGUGAAAUGUCAGUGCUAUGAGUAGUUUGUGAGGAUGUAUUGCAGUUCUUGUGGUUAAGUGGUACUUGAAAAGCAUAUUGAUCCAGUAUAGAAUUAUGGUAUUGCAGUGUUGGGUA